CGGCGGGAUGUCCUGGUCCGGCCUUCUCCGUGGCCUGAACGCGUCCCUAAGUUAUGGCCUAGCCCUGGCCUCCCAGCUCCAGGCCAGCCGCCCCAUGGCCACCCUGAACCAGAUGCACCGCCGAGGGCUUCCGAAGCGGCCCCCUCCACCUCUGGGCCCCACGGCCGGCCGGCCACAGCUGAAGGGAGUAGUGUUGCGCACGUUCAUCCGAAAGCCCAAGAAACCCAACUCGGCCAACCGCAAGUGCUGCCGCGUGCGGCUCAGCACUGGCCGAGAGGCCGUGUGCUUCAUCCCCGGAGAAGGCCACAGCCUGCAGGAGCACCAUGUCGUGUUGGUGCAGGGCGGCCGCACCCAGGACCUGCCUGGUGUGAAGCUCACUGUUGUGCGUGGCAAGUAUGACUGCGGCCACGUGCAGAAGAAGAAGUGACCUCCAGGGCCACCUUGGCGGGCUGGGGUUCACCAAGAACCAGAACCUUCCUCUCUGGGUGCCUGCAGUAUCCUUGGGAAGCUCUUCCAGCUCUGGAAGCACCUGGUCCUGGGUGCAAAUCCUGGCUUCGCCUCUUCCAACUGGAACACUAUUGCUCACAGGGGUUCUGG